AUGGAUGAAUCUGAGGCUCAGAAUUCUGAUCUUGAUUCGAUUUUGGACAGGAUUCCAAAUUCUAAAUUUAUUGUAAUAGAUUGUGAGUUUAGUGGAAUUAACCCGAAAUCGAAGUCAAUUAGGACAUUAGAUGAUUAUCUGAUGUCACUUAAAGAAGACGCUGAAGAAUACGCCUUACUACAAAUUGGAUUCUGCCUAGCUAUGAAUUCUCAAAACCCUGAAGAAGAACUUUGGCAAUUAUAUCCUUACAGCUUUUAUACCUUAUCAUCUGAGAUCACUAAUACUAUUUUCCUUAAUGAUAGUAUGAAAUGGCUUAGAGAUAAUGGAUUCAGUCUAGAUAAAUGGAUAGAUCAAGGUUUGGAUUUCAAGCGGUUGGGUAGUCGUUAUAGUAAUUCUGGUGGUUAUAUAACGAAGAGGAAUAGAUCAAAUCAGUUAAAUGAAGUAAUUAGAGCAAUAAUCGAGUAUCGAAUUCCACUAGUAUUCCACAAUGGAAUGCUCGAUAUUCUUCACAUUUAUGAUAAAUUUAUCGCUCAAAUUCCUGAUAAACCAACUCAAAUCUCCAAAGAAAUUUCCAAAAUAUUUGUUGGAGGAGUAUUUGAUACUAAGCUUGUUGGUAAAUAUUUGUUUGAUAAUCUCAAUUGUAAUCUUUUGAGAAACACUUGCCUACCAGUUCUAUACACUACACUUACCAGGUAA